UCUCCUCUCUCUCUCAUCGUCGACGGGUGCGAGGGCGUGAAAGGCGUCUUCCCAGUUGGCCCGUCUGCCGUGACUUUGAAGAUCUCAAGAAAGCGACGCGGUUCGUCUCCUCCGUGCCGCGGACACCGCAGAGCGAGAUCCCAAACGCGCGUCCCAUCGCCUCCCGUGUCAGCCGCAAGCCACCGGCCCAGCCGCUCGGAGCCAUGGCGCUUCCCACCGAGAAAAGCGUCAAGAUGCUGCUGACCAGGUGCGGGUACACCUACAAGGACGUGACGGCCAAAGACGCCGUGGACCUGAUUGCCGCUUAUAGGGAUUUGAGAGCAGGUGUUGACACGUGCGUGUUUGAUGAUGGCAGCUCAAAGGAACUCGUGAACCUCAGUGGGACCAUACCCGUGCAUUACAAGGGGACUAUCUACAACAUCCCAGUGCAAGUCUGGCUGUUUCACACGCAUCCGUACCAGCCUCCCUAUUGCUUUGUGAAGCCCACGAGCAGCAUGCUGAUCAAGGAGGGCAAGCACGUGGGUAAAGAUGGCCGCGUCUACCUGCCCUACCUGCACGAGUGGAAAGCUCACGCGUCGGAUUUGCUGGGACUCGUUCAUGUCAUGCUCGCGGUGUUUGGAGAGCAGCCGCCUCUGUAUUCUCGCCCUCGCUCGAUCUCCUUGGUCAUGGCACCCGUGGCUGGAAUCUAUCAAAACUACCCUUGGUACCCUGCCCCCAAUCCACCCGUUGAAGAGCAGAAGAAGCCCGCGACUGCUGCUUAUGGAAUGACAACAAAUUCAUCCGCAGCUGGAAGCGACCCUUUUCACCCUGCCCCCAAACCACCCGUGGAAGAACGGACAGCUGACGCCCUGACCAACAAGAGGACCGAAGAGGAGCUCAGGCGCUUGCAGGAUCGGCACACGUGCAAGGUGUGCAUGGACAAUGAAGUGUCCGUCGUCUUCGUGCCGUGCGGCCACUUGGUGGCAUGCCAAGAAUGCGCCUCCUCCCUGGCCAAUUGCCCCAUCUGCCGCGCGGCCGUGAGAGAGGCGGUUCGCACGUUUAUGCCGUAGUGUGAAAUGGCCCAAUGAAGGACGCGAAACAACUUCCUCAACACGAAACGUGAAUAUACUGGUUUACUGUCUUGAUGCAAAUGAUGUGAUUUAUGACAGCGCGUGCUGCAGUAAUUGCACCAUUAGCAAUUUAAAACGUUACGUUGACAAUCAGGGGAUAAGGCUUACAUAUUGGCAACAAUGAGGAAGUCAUAUAACCUCAGGAUUUAUGUAAUAGAUGAUUAUUGUCAACAAAACAACAUGGGCAAAGAGUACCUUUAAAAUGUUUCAGCUAGUCAACAUAUCUCAAACUGAAAUGUGCCGAUUUAGAGGAGCAAUGUGCCUGUUAUUAUUGGCAGUAUAAAGCGUAACGAAGUUAGUCAUGGUUAUGGGAAUACAAUGUUGAGUUUUGUGUGAAGCAUUUUAUUUGCAGGUGAUUGCCAUAUAUUCAGUUGUUUUAUUAAUAUGGGAAGUAUAUACAAAUGUGUAUUGUAUGCAAUUGACAACCGUGGUUGAUAUAGGAUAGGGGUAUCUUGUCCAUUUUAGAUUUAAAAAACAAAAUACUUGUUUAAAAGUCAAAGUGGUGACGAAUACGUUUUUGUUCUGAAUUCCUUGAAUUGUUUGACUCCAACUAAUGGCACAGAAACUUAGACGUUACAGUUGCUAAACUCUCGCUAUGAUGUCUGCUCGCAGCAGACAUCGCAGCUAUCGCGAUUUUCACCUGAAGACGAACGCUUGUGUUGCGUUCGAAACGUCGUGAUUUAUUUGAUUUUUACUCUUAGUUCUUUCGGUAAAGUCAAGUAGGUAAAAAAUGAAAUAAAAAUUAAUAAAA